UUCGCCAACCUUGUUAUGUAAACGAACAUGAUUGCAAAAAUAAACGAAAAACUCUGCUCGGCUCUGUCUACAAAAUUACUUGAUAAAUUUUAAAAUGAACUUGUUUCAUCAGUGGUCAGUCUCAUCUCAAGUUGUCAUCAUGAAAUUUGGUGUUGUUCUUAUUGCUUUGAUUCACAUAUCAGCAGCAACAGCUGGCAUUCUAAUUGAAUGUGAAUACAAAAAUGGUACAGUUGUGACGCUGAACAACUACGACAGGACUUUGAUGUGUUAUGCAAACAUAACCAGCACAUUGCCAGCCGAAAGUGAAACAACCGUCCGAAUCACUCCAUCGGAUGCAACGCAACGUCAUCAAGUUGAAUACUUUCGUUUGGUGGAUCAGGAUAUUUCCAAUAAUCUUGACAACGUCUUAAAAGCCGUUGCUCUUUCUUUCCCGAAAUUAAGAGCUAUACGACUGGGGAACGUAUCGAUCGAUCACAUAUCGAAAAACAAUUUGAAGUCGUUUCCUGAACUGGAACUUAUCAGCUUGGACAACAAUAAAAUCAGCGUCUUGGACUCAGAUUUGUUUUCGUACACACCGAAACUCAAGUUCAUUUAUUUGGACUUCAACAACAUUACCAAUGUUGACGAUAACCUUUUGAAUUCAUUGGACUACAUUGAAGCAGAUUUUUCAUCGAAUCCAUGUAUCACACAGUCUACAUGCAAAUCAGAAUUACAUCACGAAAAGCUCAAAGAUACAAAUCCAACUUUAUUUCACUAUUUUCAGUUGAUGGCCUCCAUCGCAGCAGUUUUGGAAGAAAACCCCAAAUAUGGUCGCUGAGUUUUAGACUCAGUUAAUAGAAGUUGUGUCUGCGCUUAUUUACAAGGUUGCCUCUUAAAAUAAAGUUACGUUAAAUCCGCCAAAAA